CUGGGCCCUAGGUGCUCACGAAACAAACGCAAAGUCAAGCCUUAUCAUUUAGUGUCCACUGUACGCCUUGUGCACCCGGCUUGGCCCAGCAAGAUUAGUGAAGAGCAGGUGACUGGGACAAACGAAAUUUUCUCAGCGAUUGGGAAUGUCGCACGUCAAGAGGCUCGUGCUUUCCAUAGUCCAGUUCCUACGUCAGCAACUCCAGACCGCUGACCUGACCGCAGACGCCAAGGAGAGCUUGGAAGUUGCUGUACAGUGUCUGGAGACUGCCUACGGAGUCAGCCCCGAGGACCUUUCAAAUGAGAGCCUGGUAGUGUCGAGGUCGCUACUAGAAAUCUUCCGUGACGCACUUCCUCGAGAACAUGUACAGACUAGCUGUGAAAAUGUACCUGAGCCAACCGAAGCACAGAAAGUUGAAGCUGAGAAGUACAAGCAGGAGGGCAACAACAUGAUGAAGCUUGAAAUGUACACAGCCGCUCUGGAGUGCUAUACGAAGGCCAUUAGCCUGGAUGGACGCAAUGCUGUCUACUACUGUAACAGAGCCGCAGCCCACAGCAAGCUCAAUAACCACCUUGAUGCCAUUGAGGACUGCCAGAGAGCGUUGGAGAUCGACCCCAAGUACGGCAAGGCAUAUGGUCGAAUAGGUUUAGCAUAUGCCAGUCUAAACCAGCACCAGAAGGCAAAGGAAUGCUACCAGAAGGCAGUAGAACUCGACCCUGAGAACCAGAGCUACGUCAACAACCUUCGAGUUGCCGAGGAAAAACUCCGUGAGCUGUCGAGCCCCGGAAACGGCGAUACGCAAAGGCCCGCAGGUGGUGGUGGCGGCGGUGGUGGCGGCCUAGACUUUGGAACCUUACUGAAUAACCCCACGCUCAUGAACAUGGCUGCCACACUAAUGCAAGACCCCAACAUGCAAAACAUCAUGAGCGGACUCAUGUCUGGCGGUCUGAGCCAAAACACGGGUGGAGGACUGGAUGCACUCCUUCAAGCGUAAGCAUUUGGCAUCACUGCA